ACCGCUACUUAAACCUUUUCAUUGACCGUGUGUGACUUUUUUAACCAAGGAAAAAGGGACAAAGGGGAAAAAAAUAGCUUGGUACCACCUCAGUCUUUUUUUUUUUUUUUAUCAAUGAUUAGACGUCUAUCCACUUUAACAAAAAAAAGUCGGUUAUCUAGCUUUUUACAGCAAGCAGAUAAAGAUGUAACAAGUACAGUAUACCGAGGAACUCUAUUUGAGUUACAAACUUUAGAAUGUUUAGAAACAAUUGCUGGCAUGAGUUUACAACAUGUGGGUGGUAAGGGCGAUGGUGGCAUUGACUUGAGAGGCCAUUGGUUUAACAACAUUCAAGUCAUAAUUCAAUGUAAAAAUUUGAAGACAGGUUGCACGCCUGACCAUUUAAGACAAUUAAUCGGCAGUACUGUUAUAUCUUCCUCGAAGAAGAAAACAAUUGGAAUUCUAUCAACUAUCAGUCAUCGGCACUUCACUCGUGACGUACUAUCACAUUUUAAUUCAAGUCCAAUUCCUCUUGGUUUAGCUACUGUACAAGAUACAAGCCUAAAAUCACUCAUGUUCAAUAAAAAGGCACAAUCAAUGUUGAAAGGCUUAACUGUGACUAGCCAAUUUGAUUCAGAAGGAAAUGAAUCCAUUUAUAUCGAUAUACCCUCAUCUCUAAAAUAAAAACAUUCUCUGUACAACUUUUUUUUUUA